AUAAAUACGACGGCGUUUUGGUGCAUACGCUGCUGGUUCUCGUCGUCCCAAUUGGGGUUAAUGGCAACACGCCAGAAAACACUUUGGAAGAAAUUCAGUUGAACUCUACCACGACCGAGCUCCCAAACGUUGGAUUUUGAGACUUUGGAAUUCCAGAUGGCCUAACUCGCCUUCUUUCGGAUCCUCCAAACAGAGGAUUGCUAUUUCCUACCGCAGCUCAGCCCCAAUGCAGAAACUGGCACGGCCGAGCGUUUUCCGGUCACUGCGCCUUCUCAAAUCCCACAACCACCCCAAAAUAUACCGACCCAGUAGCUUGGGUGAUGUUGUAUACAAGGUGUUCGAUGAAAAGCCUGUGUGGGACGUGGUGGGCAUUGCAAGGUUUCCGUCGGAGUGCCAAAAAGGGGUUCAUUCGUCUCCGUGUGUUAACACAGAGCACAAGGCUGUAGAGCCGUUGGAAAAUUCAAAAGACGGCGCGGGUGCUGAGGCCACUGGUGAUGGUAAAGUGAAGAGGAAAAAGCUCAAGGGCAAAAGGGCCGUGAUUAGGUGGCUCAAGUUCUUCAGGUAUAAGAAGAAGAAAGACUAUGAGAGAAUGACUGCUGAGGAGAAAAUUCUCCACAAGUUAAGAAAGGCUCAAAGGAAAGAGGAAAGGCUUGUUGAAGCUCUCAAAAAGAUUGAGCCCUCGGAGCCAUCGGAGACUAACCAUGAUCCAGAAAUAUUGACACCGGAGGAACACUUCUACUUUCUGAAGAUGGGUCUCAAGUGCAAGAACUAUGUGCCCGUUGGUAGACGGGGGAUAUACCAGGGUGUGAUUCUGAACAUGCACUUGCAUUGGAAGAAACAUCAAACUCUGCAGGUGGUGGUGAAAACAUUCUCACCUGAAGAGGUUAAGGAGAUUGCUUCUGAGCUGGCUAGAUUAACUGGAGGGAUUGUGCUCGGCAUUCAUGAAGAAUACACAAUAAUUAUGUAUAGAGGGAAGAACUAUUCUCAGCCUCCAACAGAAAUCAUGUCACCCAGGGUCACUCUCUCCAGGAAGAAGGCUUUGGAUAAAUCGAAGUAUAAGGAUGGUCUUCGAGCCGUAAGGAAAUAUAUUCCAAAACUCGAACAAGAUCUUGAGUUGCUUCGAGCACAGGCCAAAAGGAAAGUAGACAUCAAUACAGAUUACAUUGAAGAAACGCAAGAAACUGGUACUGAAUCUACUGAUAGUGUACACUCUGGGAGCUCCUCAAAGUUGAAGCUGGAGGCUUCAAAUAAGGUAAAAGAAAUGAUGGAUAGGAGCAAGGAACGCUCUGAGGAUGACCCUUCAACAGAUGCGGAUAUAGCUUCAGACUCUGAAGAUUUAUCUGAUAUUUUUGAUACCGACUCUGAGAAGGAGACCGAGAAGAAGGCAGAGCGACCUCUGUAUUUGGAAGAGUUUGAAAAGUUUCCAGUUGAAAGUGAUGGCGAACCUGAAGAUUUUGAGGAUCACCUGCGUCAAAUAUCUAGGGACGCAAAGAAGGAUAAAUCCUUGGACGAAGAUGCUGGCUUGCCAAAUUUUGAUGAAGUUGAUCGAGUAUUUCUGCGUGCUGCUUCACUUUUAAAGAAAAAAAGAAGAUGAGACACUUGUAAAUUGCUUAUGAUCACAAUUCGAUGGUUAGAUUCUUGCACUUUUUUUAGUCUCCUGUUAAUUAGAUACUUGUUAUUUCUAGUUAAAGGUAAUAUUUGGUUUCAA